AUGCUACUCAAAAAUCUCCUAAGCGAUAGCCGUAAGUGGAUCUUAGGGACAAAUUCAAUCAGUUUAGGCGAUAUUCACACUGCCUUUAUUCCUACUUAUAUUGCAAACGUGCCUGGCUCGCUACCGGAAGCUAUCUUCAACUCAGAUCAAUUCCCACAUGUUAUGUUAUACUUAGCAAGAUAUCAGGAUGCUACUCAAGGAACGCAUGGAGCCGCAACUCCUACACUAAGCGGGAAAGAGGCUGCUCAGAUCAUUCAACAAGCCGGAUUUCUGGAGCACAGCAGUAACUUAACAGCAGACAGUACCGAGCUUUCCAUUAGGCAACCAGUAAAAGUAUGGCGUACCAAUAAUAUUUCUUCGGCUAUUAAGCAUUUCAACAGUGGUAAAUUACUUGGGCUAUCUUCCCAGGAAGUUAUUAUCAGCUCUUUUACCCCUAAAGGCGAUGAACUUCAUCUUCACUUUCCAAGGCGAAACAUUAGGGUUAUUCCUCAACUCUAG